AUGGCAUCGGGUUUACCAACGGUGAAUAAGAUCGAGAGGGCGCACCAGAUGUACAGGGAAGGCAAGUGCGAGGAAGCGCUGGAUUUUUAUACGGAGGCGCUUUCUAUGGCCAAGACCAAGCCCCAAAGGGUUGCUCUUCACAGCAAUCGUGCCGCAUGUUAUCUCAAACUCCACGAUUUCAAGAAGGCAUCAGAAGAAUGUACCUCAGUGCUUGAGCUUGACCACAAGCACACAGGAGCAUUGAUGUUGCGUGCCCAAACCCUUGUCACCCUGAAGGAGUACCAUUCAGCACUUUUUGAUGUCAACAGGCUCAUUGAAUUGAACCCAUCAUCAGAAGUGUAUAAAAAUCUUCAAGCCCGUCUGAAGUCACAAUUGUCACUUGCUCCUAUACCCGAAGAUGAAGCGGAACUAGAAGAGGAGGAUGAAUCUGAAUUGGUUGAAAAAGAGGAAGAAGAACAAGGUGGAAAAGAGUUGGAUGAUGGUGAAAGUAAAGAAAAAUAUGUGAUGGAUGCAGCAGCAGCAAGAAAACAAAGAACUGAAAGUGAAAGUGCCAUUCCAACAAUGGAAGAUGUUACCUCCAAAAUUCAGAGCCUGCAAAUACCAUCCGAUCAACAGUCAGGCUGGCAGGCAAUACCAAAACCGAAAGGACACUCUCAUCUUGAUUACUCACGUUGGGACAGAGUUGAAGAUGACUCUAGUGAUGAAGAAGAUGACUCCGAAGAAGAGGAGUCUCAGCCUCAAUACCGUUUUCGUGUUAGAACUGUUGAGGUAAAAGUCCUUGCAGGAUCUUUUGUUAGAAUUCCUGAAGGAGACUGGACAAUACCAUGA